GCGCAUGUCUGCAAUAAUCGAUUAGCAAACAUUCUAGACGGGUCGCUGAGCUGGUGGCUGGGUCCUCCAGAUAAAAUUGUUUGAAUUAUUCAAUUCAACUGUAUUUAUUGAUAUUGUGUCUUCAUUAAAUAUCUGAGCAGGAAAACUUCAACGCCAUCUUCAAAGAUGACGUCGAAAUUUAACAAGAACGCGAUCCUAUUGGGGUCUGCGUACUCCUCCUGCCUCGUUUGCGAUACUUACAUCUCAAGCGAAGUAGAUGCUGCGAAACAUAUCUUAAAGGAGGAGCAUAAAGCAAAUCUAGACGCAAGCCGUUUUGUGGAUGAGUUUGUCGAUGACUACAUCAGGAAGGUGAAGAAAGGAUUCUACUGUGAGCUCUGCAAUCAAUGUAUUGCAACGAUGGACAUAGGAAGGGUUCAUGUAUCGGAAAAUGAGCAUAUCCGUAGGAAGGAUACUUCUUGCUUCGAAUGCUUGGGAAACGACUUGAUUAUUUACAAAGACGUGGCCAUCACAAAAGAAGCAUGGAAUGGGAUUGUUGAGAACAAGUGCAUACUCUGCGACAUUCAAUGCGAUGAUAUGGAGGAUCACAUUUCUAACGCAGAUCAUCUUGCUAAGAUGCUGCAAGUCGAGGUGGAGUUUAGGAUCUAUAAUGGACUCUACAGAAUGAUGGACAACUCAUUCCAAUGCUUGACAUGCAACGAGGUUUUUAGGUUGGUGAAAACCUCAAUUCAAGCAUGUGUAACAACACAUUUUUUACGCUCCAAACAUAAGCAGAUACAAGAAAAACUGGCAAAGGCUGCAAAAGAUGCCACUGAUAUUGUACAACUUAAAGAGUUUGGUCAAUAUUUCAAUAAAAAUAAGUCGGAGCUUUCAAAGGAUCUGAUUAUUAAGAAGGAGACUAUGGAGCAAUUCAUCAAUAAUUUUUAUUCUAUCGAAGUGCCAUUUUUGGGAGGCACUGACAUUGUUAUCAAUACGAAAAUUGUCGUCAACGUUUUCAGCUUUUAUUUCAUAACAAAGGAUACUCUGAAAUGUAUGGCUUGCAAUGUCAAAUUGACGAUUGAUCAAAUCGACAGCCAUAACGUAACUUUGAAACACGAAACUGCGAUGAAGGAAACUCCAGUUAUUACGUUAAAGUCUGCCGAAGACGAGUUUAUCAGAGAGGUACGCCCUGAUGUUUACCACUGCGGUUUCUGCAAUAGCAUCGAACACGGCUUGGAUAAUAUGUUGGAGCACUUUGGUACCUUCGGCCACAGGGAAAGCAGGACUUCUGCCUCGUGGCGUCUUCACAUGUAUCUUGUGACCAAGAACAAGAACUAAAGACACGAUAAAAUUUCUUACAACAUAUAAUAUUUUACUAUUUAGAAUCUAACAUUCAACAUGCGUUAUUCGAUUAGGUUAUUAAGAAGCAAAGGAAAGUCCAAAGAAGCUGUGCAAGAUCGUUCUACAGAACGUUUUGGUGAAAAAUGGAAGAGAACAGGACCCAUAGUCAGUAGGCUUAUUGGAGUAUAUAGUCUCACAUAUACAUAUAGUCUUCAGUACAUGCAGGUUAUGUGUUGGGUGCGUUUCGUAAAUAUACGAUUCGGUUUGGACGGAUGCUGAAGCAGGUACCAUUUUUUUUAAAUUCCAGCCUUAUCUUAACGUUUGUUCAGUAAUGAGGUGAUUUUGUCAAUAAAUAUUAUCGAUAAUAAGGAAUUCAAAGCGCGUACAGAUUAAUAUCACCGUCCUUCAUUUUUCUCUUUCAUUUUGAGAUUCCGGUUUGAAGGGUAGAACAAUUUUUUCAACAAAACUCAGACUUUCGACUUCAUGUCUCUAGGCGGGCAGUGGUGUUCACAUUAAGAUGCGGUGAGCUGUGAGCUCAUCUGUCCAUUUAUGAGAACAAAAAAAAGAGUAGGUAGGUACCUACUUCGAAGUAAUUUCAAAUAACUUCGGAGGAUGGAGUUACAAUAAUAUACUAAGGAUGGAAUUAAAGGGUUUUUACAAAGGUUAUUUUUAAAAAGAAAGUCUGAAAGAGUAUUGGCGUCAAAAUUAUAAUAAUUUUUAUUAUUACAUUUUUAUUAUAAAAGAAUUACGAAUAUCUAUCUGUACACAAAUAAUUGAUGCUUAUUUUUUUGUUGUAUUUUGAUUGGGCUUCAUAGAAAAGUUAUCCAAUUUUGAUAUUCCUAUGAAAUUGUGGCUUGUAAUAAGUAGAACCUUGUAAUAGUAACAGGAAAGCGUGUAUAUUCAACAACAAGAAGAUACAUAAUUAUGUUGUACCUACCUGUACUACAAAUAUUGAUCUUUCAUCUGGAUAUUUCUAAUAUUUUGGUUGCGUAUCUCACAAAUACUACUGAACUGGCUGCGAUUAAACAUUUGUGCUGAUUGGACAAAAAAAAAUGAUAUCUGUUGUACCUUAUAUGUGUAUACAGAUAUGUGAUGAUGGGAACCGAAUAUAGAAAAGGCAACAUUUCUUCAUUACACAGAUGCAUGGAUUUGUGGUCCAUGUAAUCGAUAAUGCCAUAAUAAAAAACACAAUGGAUGAAAAUCAGUCUUACUUUGGGUCACGGUUGGCAGAGACUUCAACAUCACAGGUCAAAACAAAAUACGAAUGGGUGAUUUUAAAAACAGUUUGAUAAAGAUUACACUCAAAAUAUUCUCUUGGAUUAUCUUUCUAUUUCCAUGAUGCCAUGUUUUACAUUAUAUAUUGUCUGGCUCAAACUUUCUUAACACAAAAUAGGUUUAGCAUAGUAAGUGUGUAAUAUUGAUGUAUUGAAUAUAUUUCGAUACUUAGUAGAUUAUAUUAUUAUUGCUUUAUGUGUUUUUGUCAAUGUAUUUCUUAGAAAAACAUUUGGGUUAUUAUUAGAAAUACUACAACACUACUAUAAGAUCUAAAGUAGUAUGAAGUUUUCAAUAUGGCCUGUUGUACUUAAUAAAAAAAUUCAAUGUUGUGAUGGCCUAAACGUUUAGUUUUUACAUUAUGUAGGUACUCGUAGAUAUUAAGCCAAAACCACUGUUUUGUGGUAUAUUUAAAAUCUCCAAAAAGUAGAAUAUAACCAAGUUUAAUCUCAAUGUAAUCACUUUUAGACAUGCCCUUUUUUCUAUUUUAUGAUAGGAUAAGCUAUGUAACAGCUACUUAUUUAUGGAGCUAUUUAGAAUUGUGUAAUAGAAUAAAUGAAUGUGAAAAAUAAAAUUAAUAAAUAUAUUAGGAUAUUUUAAUUUUAUCUUAGAACCUUAACAUUUUCAAUGUCAUCAUUAACAUAGUAUAAAUUUAAAAUGUAUUUUUACACUUACCAACCUCUUUGGCCAAAUUAGAAUAAGCAUUCUUAAUAAUGUAUCUCCUAGUAAUGGAGUACCUCUACCUAUUCUCCAUGUAAUGGAGGACAACACGCUAGGUUUUGCAUGAUGGUUUUAAUCGUGCAUGCAUAACCGAAAGGCAAGCCUAGCGUGUAUGUGAUUAAACUGUACAGCUAUCGGUGCAUGUACAUGCAACCGAGCAAAUAUCAAAAUUGAUAUUUUAUGUGGCUCGGUUAUGUUUGCGCGCGAGCAUAACUGAGCAUAUGUGGUGUCCAGCGAGCUUACCUGCCACAAUUCUCAGUUUUUAAUUGUCUGCGACAUUAAAUUUACCUUCCAUUCGUAUAUAAUUGUUCUAUUCUGUUGGUGUAAAUCACAAUUCAUUUAUCAAAUUUAUGCAGGAGAACUGCUUUCUUUUUAAGAACCAGCGUUUAGACUUUUCAGUGCAAUCGUUUUUACUUUCUCUGUUCUGCAAAACAAGCUAAGCCAAGUUCAGCUAUCACAUCAUCGUCGUACAUUGUAGUUUGGUAUUGGCGUCCUACAACGUCGUCAUGUAGGUAGCUCAACUGAGAGUUAAUGGCAAAACUGUGCAUGCAAAACCUAGUGUGUAUGGCCUCCAUAAGAUGGUUUUUUGAAUUUGAUGAAGAUUUCAUAGACGUAUUUCGUGAUUGCGACGUCAUUUUGCGACGUUAUUUUUCAUUGUAACAUUGCAAUAGUAAAGGACUUUUUGGCAGGAACGCGAGGAGUGAAGCUGUGUGAUUUGUUUUAUUUUGUCUAUUUAGUGUUCCUUCAGGUUUAAAUGUGUAAUAACGGUGGUUUAUUAACUGUUUAAUCUCUGUGAAAGUGCACAAGUGUGGGAAAAUGAAACAAAGCCGCUGGACGUAACUUCUCGGGAACCUCCAAAAAGUCAACUGAAAAAAUCUCAGUAAAUGACCACCAUUUUACUGAGAUUAAAUUUCAUCCCAUAUGAUCUCAUCUCAUUUCUGAUGAUGAUAUUAAUUUAUCCCUAAUGGGAAAGGCAAAGGACUUUAGUCCAUACAGCCAGGUCUUGUUUUUGGUAAUAAUUGGAGAAUUUUGGUAGUUUUAAAGGCCGAAGCCACGUCUUCAUUUUUCUUGAUCGUAAGGCCGAAGCCAUGUCAUGUCUUAUCGUUAUCAUAUCAUAUUAUUCUCGGUCAUAAGGCCUAAGCCACUUCUUCGAUGUUUUUAAUUGGUCGAUGUCAAAUCCUUAAGCAAUAAUAGGAGAAUCCAAAUAAAAAUUAUCUAUAUUUCCAGGUGCUUGUUUCAAAUCCGAUGUUGAGGUAAAUCCAAAAGUAUGUCCGUUCAAUCCAAUUAGACAUUCCGGGGAGUACAAUCCUUUUAAAUGUUUUGAACCGUAUUAGAAAUAAAUUCAUAAAUGAUAUCAUGCAUAUUAUGGUUCUUAAGCAAGUCUUGAAUACAGCGCGGGAUAUUUUCAGGUCUUCUAUAAUAGUUUAACAGAUUAGAUGACAAACAAAGACGUUGGAUAUGGAAUUCAGGGCAUUCGAAGAAUAUGUGGUCUAAAGUUUGAUCGACGUCUGAAUUGCAAUACGAACAGGAGGGAGACAUAAUAAUGCGCAUGCGGUGUAAAUGUGAAUUAAAUCUGCAAUGUCCGAAUCUAAGGCGGCAAAGUAUUGUGUAAAAUCUUCUGCUUUUGUAAUUGCUGGAUUUACAAAACCAUGGCAUUCCAAUAUCUUGGUUGAUUGCAGCAUACCAAGUGCCUUUCCUCGCUAAACUUUCUUGCCAAACAUCUUUCCAAUCCUGAUUAUGUUUUGACUUUAGAAGUGGUAGUAAAUCAGUGUACGGAAUAGCAGCAUUGUUAACAGCGCUGCCGCUGUCACUGUCAACAAUCGCACGUGCAAGGAAAUCCACAAGCUCGUUGCCUGAGACUCCUAUAUGCGAGGGUGUCCAUAUGAAUUCUACACUGUAAUUUCUUUUAGAUAGCAUAUAAAAUAUUGAAACCUUAAUAAUAGUGGAGGAGUGUUGCAUUCAACUUGGAGUGAAUUUAUGGGAGUUGUUCUCAUUGCCCCAGUAAUGAGUCGAAGACUAUGAUUUUGAAUGACAUCUAAUUUGUGAAGGAGUUGGUUAUUUGAAGCAAAACAAAAGAAACUAUAUUCAAAGUGGCUACGAACAAGAGAUUUGUAUAGAGUUAAAAGAAUUUUAGGAUCAGAGCCCCAGUAUGUUCCAGCAAGAGACCUCAAAAUAUUCAGUGCCUUUAUAGCUCUGUCAGUUACACAAUCAACAUAUUUGCCCCAGGAUAAAUUGUUAAGAAACAAAACCCCCAAGAACUUAGCUUCAGUUACAGCUGGGAGUUCUGUAUUAUCAUAAUAUAAUUUGACCUGAAAAGGCCUUCCUUUACUGAAGACUAAUACUUUGGAUUUCUCUGUACUUAUGUCUAAGGCAAGAUAGUUGAAAUAGGCAGACCAAUGGCAAGAAGCUCAGAAGACAGAAUAUGAUGAUUUACAUUAUUGAAAGCCCCUACAACAUCAAAAAAUACACUGGCCAAAACAUUAUUGGAUUUGAAGGCUUGGAAGAUGUCCAAAUGUAAAUGAGCAAUACUCUCUCUAGAAGAUCUGCCUUUUCUAAAACCAAAUUGAUUAGAAGGUUUCAAUAUGGGGACUAAACAAUCAAUCUUCCAAUCGUCUGGAAUCAAAGUUUGUUCCCAAAGAAGAUUAAAAACAUUUAAAAGUACUGAUUUGGAUUGAGCGGAUAAGUGCUUUAGCAUUUUAUAUGGAAUACCAUCUAAGCCAGCUGUUGUGUCUCUUCUAGAUGAUAUUGCUGACAUUAAUUCGGCAAAUGAAAAUGGUUCCAAAAAGUAGCUGUGAUUAGGGCAAGACCAAUAUUGAUUGUUGAAGUGGGAUGCUGGCUCAACGGUAUCUGGAGUGUAUUUUUUAAGGAAAUGAUUAAUCCAAUCAUAAUUGUUAUCAAACUGAGACGAAGGUGAGUAAGUUUUGUUAAAUUUACGCAUAUGUGACCAAAUAAUUGAAAUAGGUGUAGUUCUGUUGAAGGAUUCACAUAAUUUGUUCCAACUUAAUCUUCUUUCAGCUCUAAUUAUGUAUUUUUUUUUAGCUUGAAGCUUUUUAAAGUUUAGAUAAUUCUUUUCAGUUGGAUUUUCUUUGAAUUGUAAGUAUGCAUUUUUACUAUCUGUGAGAGCUUUAAAACAGUUUGAAUUCCACCAAGGGAGUGGAUUUCUUUUUCUUUUUGUGUUUGGCUUUAAAUGAGAAUUAUUAUGACCAGAUGAAGAGAAAGGCAAAGAGUCUGAUAGAGCCGUGUUUAAACAUUUAAUAAGAUUGUUGUAUGCUAAAAUAGGAUCUUGAGUAUUUAAGCAUAAAAUGGGAGAUAACAGAUCAACUUUAGAGGAAUAUAGAUCCCAAUCAACUAAUUUUAAAUUACAAGAAGAAGGGAGAGGGUUACUAUCAGGUAUGUCUGUAGAAUAAGAAUUAUUAUAACUGAGUAGAAUUUUUGUUAUUACAGGGAGGUGAUAGCUGCCUAAUGGAUCGUCGUGGACUAUCCAGUCACAUUGUAAAGAGAUGGAAGGAGAGACUAUGGUUAAAUCCAAGACACUUGGUCUCCAGAUGUGAGAGCCAACUGUAGUCACAUGACCAUCAUUAAGGCAAGCAGAAGAUAUUGAAAUGUGGUUGCCUUUACAAUGACAACAAGAGGCCUCUUUGGGGUUGACAUUGCAAGAUUUAAAGUUGUGACCUUCUCCACAGAUGGAGCAUCUUUCAGCGUUUUUACAAAAUUUAGCAAUGUGACCAUAUCUCAAGCAACGGAGGCACUGUUUUACUGGAGGAAUACAAUGUAUUCAAAAUUGCCACCAUCUUCAGGAUAGAAACGGACAUAAUCAGGUAAUUUAAACGGAAUAUACUUAACAGCGUCAUCUUCAGAGAUAAUGGAGUCCGUCUCCGAGUCCCGCACCGCAGCGCUUUCCUCGGAGUCUCCCUCAACAUCUUCCUUCUUCUUACGCCUUUUUUUGCCGCGGGACAUCGCGGCAACAACCACACACCACUUUAUGUGUAAAUAAAACUUUCAAAAAUAA